AUGACAUCCGAAUUAAACAGCCUCGAGGGAAAACUGGAAACUCUACAAGAAACCCUGACCGAGCGCUCACAAUGGCGCCCUCCACCCCAACCCACAGCCAUACCUUGCUCAACCGAUUUCCUCGAUCUCUCAGAUCUAAGUACUGCAGUAGGCCUCAUAUCCGACGUCGUCAAGUACUCGAACCCGAACACCCAGCUCACGCCCCAAAAAGCCUUUGCCGGGAAGAGUUGGACAUGGGACCCCCUUUGGCGCGAGUUCUUCUCCGCCUCCCCUGCCACCACCACAGAACCUCCCUCAUCCACUUACCUCUCCCGAUGGUAUUUCGAUCCGAGAAGAGAAGUGUGGCAACACGCCAAUAUGGCAGAUUCUGGUCUGCUUCCGGACGAAGCGCAGCAGCGACUUGGUAGUUGGGAGGAUUGGAGGUGGGAUCCGGGGUGUGGGGAGUGGGAGCUUGAUGUCAGCCAUGAGUUGGAAAAGGAAGUGAGGGAGGAGGGGGCCAAGUUGUGUGUUUUUGCAAGUAGGUGGCAGGAGAGAGAGGGCGUGUGGGUGUAUGUUAGUGGAAGAGGUAAUUGA